CGUUUUAGCUCCCCCCUCUCCGUCCUCCCUCCCUCUCUCCCUCCCCGCGGUCAAACCGAGAGGCUGAGCCCCGGGAGGGAAGGAGGUUUGCUCGAUGUCCGUGGGAGACACAGUGAGCUUCUCGCUGGGGAUGGUCGGCUGGGUGCUGACGGGGGUAUGUCUGGGGCACCACCAGUGGAAGGUGUCCACCCUGGACGGCAGUGUGAUCACUACCUCCACCAUCUACGAGAACCUAUGGAUGAGUUGCGCCAGCGACUCUACCGGCGUCUACAACUGCAGGGAUUUCCUCUCGCUGUUUGGUCUGUCAGCGCUGUCCGCGAUGGUCCCGGUCUCCUGGUACGCCUUUAACAUCACACAGCAGUUCUACGAUCCACUCUACCCAGGAACAAGGUUUGAACUGGGACCAGCACUCUACAUUGGCUGGGCGGGUGGAACACUGCAGCUGAUCGGAGGGAUCUGUCUCUGUCUUGCUUGUAAAAGAGCCACGGGUGCAACUGCGGAGUACGCAUACAAGUACCGAGCCCCCAGGUCUUCCCUGCGACCAGUGUCUCGGAACUACCCCUCCGAGGUGGACAACUCCAGUAACUACGGGAAGAAUGCGUACGUCUGAGGGGUGGCGAUGCCCCUGGAUCCUUGGUGCCUGGUCUUUGGACUGACUGUCGUGGGGGGAGGUCGGGGAAUUCCUCCCCCCGGGCUCACUGUUCACCGUCUCACCUUGGGGAAAGCCCGUCCACCACACUCCAUGGCGCAGCCUGUUGCACUGCCCCUCGAUGAACGUGACUGAGAUCGAUUUCGUGGAGAGGCCGGCGAUACCCCCCCUCCACUCAGUGGAUGGGGCGGGAGGGUGGGAAGGUUGGCAGUGAUCGAAGGAAUAAAGAAAACUCCAAUUCCCAAAGAAAAGUCUUAUUGU